UACGUACUAUAGUUACUAGAGUUGCAACCGAACACCGGUAGUUUCAACCCGAAUUACGUCAUCUGACCUAAUGAACUCUACCUUCUAAAACCCAAGCACGCUGUAGAAUCACUCGAGUUCUAAGAUGGCGUCGGAAAGUGCAAAUGCAGAUGUGGUACACAUAACACUCUAUAGAGGUACAGAGCAAUUGCAAGCAGUCUUAUCAAGAGACUUGUACGAGAUGGUGAACGACCCUAACUGCGACCCAAAUCUUAAGGAGCAGGUAUAUAAAGCUGCGGUUAACAACAAAACGUCAAGUGACACAAGUAGACCAAGUACAACGUCAAGUGACACAAGUAGACCAAGUACAACGUCAAGUGACACAAGUAGACCAAGUACAAGUAGCAGUAGUUGCUCUUCCCCAGUAAACGGACCUGAAAAGGUUCAUAUUUGGAAGGAGUGUGAAGAGAAAGAAUUGAUCUCCAUCAGAUCUGACAUGGAAGAAGAGUUUGAACAAGUUAAAAACCAUGAUGUUUUGUGGAAUCGGAUAACAAAAACAUUAAAUAACCACAAAGUCCCUGUUAGUUGCAACCAAGUUAAAAACAAGUGGAAAAAAUUGAAGAAAACCUACAAAAAAGUAGUUGAUGAUAAUCAAAAAACGGGAAACAAGAAAACUACAUGGAGGUAUUUUGAAGAAUUUAAUUUACUGUAUGGAAAUAGAGCUUCAACAACUGCUAAGGUAACAUAUGACAGUGUAAAGGGGACACUGAACAGUCCACAGUCAGAAGAAAGUUCUGGUGAACACGGUCAAGGAGCACCUGCUUGUUCUGCAUCCACAUCUGCACAUCAGAAUACUGGUAAAAGAAAACCAUCAACAAGUGUAACUGGUGAUCAUGAAUUAGAGUUCAAAAAUCCCAAAAAAGCAAAGUUGGCAAAUGUUGUUGACAAAUUAACUGCACAAGGCGAUGAAAUGAUCCAAGAAAUGCGAAAACAACAUGAGGCAAAGAUGAAUCGCUUUGACAAGCUACUGGACUUGCUAGGAAAAAGAAAUUAAAUCUGCGUUAAUGUAUUUCUCAUUCAAUUACUGUAUUCAUUCCAUUUUGCCCAGCAAAUUUUGUAUUAUUUAAU